AUGCAAAUGGCUCUGCUAGCAAGGCUAUCUCUUGCAAGCUCUGAAGCAAGAGAGUCUAGUUUGGAAGAAAGACAUGCUGGUUCUGAUGAACAAACUUUGGAACAAUCAACGGAGGAAGCAUCUCAAGCAUCUCAUUUUGACAGUGAUUCGCAGGUUCUUCUAGUCAGCUCUUCGGUUGAUGGUAGUCUUCCUAAUACCGGUCAGCUUGAUAGGGAGUGUGACAUUGACAAUGGGAUGACAGGGGUACCAAGUGAUAGGACAAAUUACAGUGGUGAUGCGUCUGGAGAGGUUGCUGACGGGGGGCUUUCUGUCCCUUCCGCCCCUCAAAGGGAGAAUGUGAUCCUGCCAAGAUUGGGUGAUAUCUGCAUGGAAGGGCCAUCUGUUCGGCGGCAAACAGCUGACAGGGGAUUCCCCAGAAUAAUAUCGUCGUCAUCCAUGGAUGCCCGGGGUGAUUUCUCUGCCAUCGAGAAUCAGGUACGCGAGCUAAUCAAUGAUUUGGGAAGCGAUUCCAUAGAAGGUCAGAGAUCAGCAACAUCAGAGAUUCGCCUUCUAGCUAAACACAACAUGGAGAACAGGAUUGCCAUUGCUAAUUGUGGGGCUAUAAACUUGCUGGUUGGCCUUCUUCAUUCACCAGAUGCCAAAGUCCAGGAAAAUGCAGUGACGGCCCUCCUCAAUUUGUCACUCAGUGAUAUUAAUAAGAUUGCCAUCGUGAAUGCAGAUGCUGUUGAUCCACUCGUCCAUGUCCUGGAAACAGGGAACCCUGAAGCUAAAGAGAACUCAGCAGCUACUUUGUUCAGUCUCUCAUUUAUUGAAGAUAACAGAGCGAGGAUUGGACAAUCUGGCGCCGUAAAGCCUCUCGUGGACUUGCUAGGAAAUGGGAGCCCACGAGGAAAGAAAGAUGCGGUUACUGCAUUGUUUAAUUUAUCCAUACUUAAUGAGAACAAGGGUCGAAUUGUGCAAGCUGAUGCUCUGAGGCACCUAGUUGAGCUCAUGGACCCAGCUGCUGGAAUGGUCGAUAAGGCUGUAGCUGUCUUGGCAAAUCUUGCUACGAUACAAGAAGGGAGGACUGCGAUUGGGCAGGCGCGUGGUAUUCCAGCCCUUGUUGAAGUUGUCGAACUGGGUUCAGCGAAAGCGAAGGAAAAUGCUGCUGCGGCAUUGCUUCAGCUAUGUACAAACAGCAACAGGUUUUGUAACAUAGUUCUUCAAGAGGAUGCCGUGCCCCCUUUAGUCGCCCUGUCACAGUCAGGAACACCACGCGCAAGAGAAAAGGCGCAGGCUCUUCUCAGCUACUUCCGCAGCCAAAGACAUGGGAACUCAGGAAGGAGAUGA